AUGAAGGUCCAAUUUAUUCAAUUUAUUAUUGUUAUUGUUAUGAUUUUCGAACUUAUUGAGACAUAUCCACAAAGUUAGUUUGAACAGUUUUGGUUUCCAUAAUUCAAUUCUCAAAACGUGGUUUCUGAUUGUAGCUAGUUUUUAAAGCUCAAAUUAAAAUUUUGGACGGAGAUUUUUUUUUAAAUUUUUUCCUUUUGAAAAAUUCCUAGAUUUUGAAAAGUGAGUUGAAAAGUUCCACUUCAUAAUUCUAUUUCCAAAACACUGAUUUCUUCUAUUUUCCUUCUAUUCGACCAAGGUAUAUUUAUCAUUGACAUAAAUCAAUUUAGUCUCAAACUGGUUACCAACAAAUUGUGUUUUUGCAAAACAUUGACACUUAUCAACAAUUUUUCGAAGAAAUUACAAAAAAAAAGCAAUUUCAAUGAAAAUGACUCAUUUUGUUUUCAGAACGUGCAUCCGGUUUUGAUAGAAUGCGCGAUCGACAACAUCGAAAAAGACAUCAUCAACAAGAGGUUUGUGAAUAAAUUAGCAUAACUCUGAGAAAAUAAAAUUGCAGAGCGCAAUUGUCAAUCAGACUGAUGAUUUAUAUGAAUUGUCAGUUGGUAAUGAAUCGAAAAUUUUUCGAUUUGAAAAAUCGAUUGAUUUGGUGACAGAAAAACCAUUGAGUCAGAAGCAUAAACAUAAAAAACAUGGACAUCAUCUAAGGAAAAAUAGUCGGAGGGAGAAGAAUGAGGAAUUGUGUAAGAGUGAACGAAAGUCAAGGGAAUUGAAUACCGAAGGGUGAGUUAGGCACAGGUUUUGGGUUAGUUCGAAUCAUAUCAAAAAUGUGAUUACCCUAGUCCAAUUUGGAAAUUCUUAAACAAAACGCCCACCUCAUCAUAUUCCAAAUUUGCUCAAAAUUCAUCAAAACCAUUUUUCAACCUUUUUACUUUUUCUAGAAUUCUCCUUUCAUUUUUUUGCAAUGUUCCACCUACGGUAUCAUUCCUUAUUCCUUACCAAACGAACCAAAAAAAAACUUCCGCUAAAACCGGUUGGUCCUUUAAUCAAUUCACACCUGAAACCAAACGCGUAACUUUUUGGCCAUAUCAUCAAACAAAUCGGAAGUGUUCUCAGAUAUAAUAAUAAUUGUCUCUCAUAAAUGGUUUCCGCCUCAAAACAAAACCAAACCAGAUUCCAAUUCCGAUUAUUUUCCGCAUUAACAAGUAAUCGCGAGAAAAAAGACGCUAAUCGACCAUGAAAUUAGUGUUUAUGAGAAGAAAAUCCAUAAAAAAACAUUUUGCAGGCAUGAAUUCAACCCGCCGUUCAUUUUCGAAGUUCGAUGUUUAUCAAAUAAACAAGGAUUUUUUGGAUUUGGAAAAAGUGAACAGACUUGUGUGAAAGGAAUGCUUCGAUGUGUACAACAAUAUACAGAUGUGAGUAGAAGGGGAGAAAGUUGAAUUGGGCCAGAUCCGCAGAUUUUCAUUCAGGAUCGGGCCAGAAGGGUUCAACAUCCUUAGUUAUAUGAGAAAGUCUUGAACCAUUAUUUGGAUAUCUUGAAUCGGAUCAUAGAAUCUGAUGUUUAGAAUAUUUCAGAGAAAUUCGAUUCUUCAAAUCAGGUCCGAUUUAAAAAUCCUUUAAAAAACAGUUAGUUACUUAAAUCGGUUUCAAAAAAGUCCAAAUUUUAAUCCUCUCUUCAGAUUUAUCAGAAGAAUUUAGGAUGGUCCCACCCCGAUCCUCAGGUCUGAUUUUGAAAAUUCCAAUUUGUUACCCCCCCCCCUCUCCCUCUCUUAAAACACACUUUUUUUAUUAAUUAAUCAAUCAAUCAUGCGUACGAAUGUUUGUUGAUCUUCUUUCUAAACGAUCAAUGUUUUCUCUCCAACAAUCUAAUAUGAUAUGUAAUAAGGAUGUUCUUUGUUACACUAACAAAUCAACCUUUCUCCCAAUACCCCACAUUUUUUCUAAUAAUAGAAUCAAUUUAUACAGAUUCACGUAUCUCGUCGAAGUGUUGGUUCAAUUCAUUGGCAUCCACAUACAAUUCAAAAUGUUCCAAUUUCUUGUCAAUGCAUGUGGCCAGUUGAUAAAUAUGGUCAACAGGAAUUAUGA